AUGUUUGUAUACAGUUGCAUUGUUGUAACGCACUGCACUUGGAAUCAGCAACUGGUUGUUGUGGGGGUAGUUGAUGGCGACUCUGUCAAAUGCCUCGAUGAACAUCUGUGUGGCAUUGUAUCGCAACAUCUCAACAAGAUUGCCAUUGGCAUGAAGUUUGGCACCUUUGAUAGUUGA